UGUCGCAGAAAUUCAAAGGUCAUGUUCAGAACUAGAAAAGGGAGAAGAUGGCGGCUAUUCAACGCAACAGAUUUUCAAUCCUUAAUGUAUCCUAACUUUAUCUUAAGCAAGAUUCUUGGAAUAUUUCCGUAUAAGAUUAAGAUUUCAAUUUUCGAGGCUUCUAAACCGCAUUAUAUUCUAUGGACUAUCGUUUUUUGCGCGGUCUGUGUCCAUCAGCUAACAUUAUUAUAUAAACUCAAUUUUUCUGGAAGAAUCAAAAUUGACGUACCCAAGACUAUUACGUUGAAUUUCUCUUUUAUAUACGGAUUGUUCAUAACAGUGGCCACAUAUAUUUCGAGUGGAUCAAGAAUGCGCCUACUCCAAACCAUAUCAGAUAUUUCUUCAAAACUGCCCCAGCAGUAUUAUCAAAAAAUAUCUAAAUUAAUACAUGCUAAGGACAUCUUCGGUUUCUUCUUUGUACUUUGCAUGGGAAUAACGUAUAUGAAAAAUUCUGAUAUGAUUUUCGGUAUUCCACUCGAGAUGUUGAGAGGAUACACAACUUUUCUUGCGUUUCAAAUGGAUAUGCUGUAUGUAAAUUGCGUUUGUGUUUUAAAAGCCUGUUUCAAAGAAAUCAAUAACAAUCUGAAGAAUUUACUUGUAAUGAAUAAUAUCCCCAGCCUCUAUCAUCAGCAGAGAUAUCCAUUCUUGCUAAAGAAACUCAAGAGUUUGAAGAAACAAUAUCUAGUAAUUAGCGAUACAGUGCAGAUGCUAAAUGUAAUUUUCAGUCCGCAACUUCUCGCUAUCAUAAUCUUAUCCUUAAAGAAGAUCAUCUUCCACGUGUAUUUCUAUGUAGUACAAUGGCAAGGCAGACUAACGUUCAAUCUGGAUAAUAUUUAUAAUACAUAUUUCAUAAUGAUAAUACUGUAUAACUUUAUCAGAAUAACAUUGAUAGUGUGGGUUUGUGAAACUGGAAAAAAUCAAGCAAUAAAAAUACGCACUACCAUUCAUGAUGUGCUUAACAGCACUAACGAUGUGCAAAUCAAAAAUGAGUUGCAUCUAUUUUCCUUACAAAUAUUUCAUUGUAAAAAUAUAUUCUCUGCAAAAGGUUUCGCUGUAGAUGCGACACUGAUUACUACGAUGGCGAGUAUCGUUAUCACAUAUCUAUUAAUUUUAAUACAAUUUUUAAUUAUAUCACACUCUUGUGACGAAAAAAAUACAAUUCAUUAUACACAAUUUAAUUAAAAAAGGAGAUACAUACAAUUUUA